AUGGACCCCUCAGGCAUCCCAGAGUCCACCACCCCUUAUGAUUAUGAUUUGCAGAGCUUCGUGUGUGAGAAUCAGACCUUCACCUUUGCUACCUUCAGCACCACCGUCCUGUACUGCCUGGUGUUCCUCCUCAGCCUGGUGGGCAACAGCCUGGUGCUGUGGGUCCUGGUGAAAUACGAGAGCCUGGAGGCCCUCACCAACGUCUUCAUCCUCAACCUGUGCCUCUCAGACCUGGCGUUCUCCUUCUUGUUGCCCCUCUGGGUUUUGGAAUACCACUGGGGUUGGGUGCUGGGAGACUUCUUCUGCAAGCUCUUCAACAUGAUCUUCUCCAUCAGCCUCUUCAGCAGCAUCUUCUUCCUGACCAUCAUGACCAUCCACCGCUAUCUGUCCGUGGUGAGCCCCCUCUCGUCCCUGAGAGUCCACACCCUCCGGUGUCGCGUGCUGGUGACCGCGGCCGUGUGGGCAGUCAGCGUCCUGUCUUCCAUCCCCGACACCAUCUUCCACAAAGUGUUUUAUCCCCCGGAACCUUCAUCAGAACCUUCCAGGUGCGAUUACUCAGAACUCAAGUGGUACCUGGCCUCGGUCUACCAGCACAACGCCUUCUUCCUGCUCUCCAUGGGGGUGAUCGUGUUCUGCUACGUGGAGAUCCUCAGGACGCUGUUCCACGCGCGGGCCAGCCGGCACCGGCGGACGGUGAGGCUCAUCCUCACCAUCGUGUCUGCCCACUUCGUCAGCUGGGCGCCCUACAACCUCGUGCUGUUCCUGAAGACGCUGCUCCGGCUCGACGUGAUUCGGGGCUGCGCGCUCCACUGGCAGCUGGACUACGCCCUGGUCGUCUGCCGCGACGUCGCCUUCUCCCACUGCUGCUUCAACCCGGUGCUCUACGUGUUCGUGGGGGUCAAGUUCCGCAGACACCUCAAGAGCCUGCUGGGGCGCUCCUGGCUCUGCCGGCCGCAGGCCCCCGGCGCCUCCCCGUUCCCUCGCUCCCCGGGCGCCUUCCACUACGAGGGCGCCUCCUUCUACUGA